AUGGCACCUGAACGGGAGCUUCACAAAUUUCCCAAGGGAGAACGUUGUGAAUUUUGCGGUUCUCGCAAGUGGUACCUCGAGAGCGGUCUAAGGUACUGUGCUAAGGAAGGCCAUCAACUUCAGGUUUGUCCAACCGGCUAUGUGGAAUUUGACCUUGGCGACGAGGACUUUGGCCAGAAAGGUCGUGUUUCUCGCAAACAAAAACAGGUCAAGGAGCGUGUAAAACGUGUGCUUUCAGGCCAGCAGGCGCGGGACUUGUAUCUCGAAUGCCUCCAGCUUAUACUGAGAGAGCAAAUUCUCUGGCUAGUCACGAAAAAGGGUCAUGCGGCCGAACUGGAAACGGUGGUUCGUGACCUUUGGGAUCUUCGGACCUGCGGAGCUCCGACUGUCGUCCACGAUGAUUCGGCCUCGGAGAGGGAGCCCUCACUCUUCAGCUCACAGCUCGACCUUAUGCUGGAUGAGCCGACCCAUGCGCGGACCAAGCGGGCACAAAGCUGGGCUCCCGAAGACGGCAGCGAGUGGCCAGCGCCGCGGGUGAUGGAUACCUUGGGUCUAUGUAUCCUGGGAUGCGUGCUUCUCAGAAUACCGACGCGGAUUGGGGAUAUUGCCAGGUGGGCAAGGGCAGGAAGUAUUCCUUACAGGGAAGCUUACUGGCAACUGCCUCAAGAGAUGCGCGACAGACUACCGCCGUCGUACACAACACCGCUAAAGGCAGCACGCUUAGCUGCGUUCGACCACGGCGAGCUUCAUGCUUCAGUUUUGAACCUUGCUCUAUCGUAUCAUCUUAACUACAACAUGGUCUUCCCCCCACUCAACGACGUCCUUAUGACAUUGCAGUAUGUCCGUGAGCUAGGCUUGCCUGCUUCCGGUCAAGACGAGGUUAACUUCCUAGUGCCGAGACUCGACUGGGAAAAGUGGAGGACGAUCAUGGCGCCAGCUUUGAGUACAGGCUUGGUCCAAAUGAGAGUGGACCACACAGAUGUUACGGCGUCACAAAUAUUGUCAAUGGGGCCGGCAGAGCUCGAUGAUUAUUUUGCACAUCUGUCACUCCUUACCGACGCGCAAGGUAAACACCCGCAGAGUAUUGCCGACCCGCUCAGCAUCUGA